AUGUCAAGUGCUAGUACUGCCACCAUUUUCCUCCUCCUGGCCAUAGCAGCCACCACCAGCUUUUGCCUUCAAGAAUUGGAGAAAUCAGAAAACUUCCGAACCCAAACUGAUCAAGCUACUGAAGCUCUAGCUUUCAAUGUGAAGUCCGGUAGAGGGCUGAAAAGGAGAAAACCAAACGGGAAAAUUCUGACAUCAUGGAAUCCAGAAAAUUCGAAGGCGGACUACGUGGUGGCACAGGAUGGCUCUGGUACACACAAAACAAUCAAUGAUGCCCUUGCUGCACUUGACAAAACGGGUGGUAACCGGAGAAACCAAAGGGUGAUAUUCUACGUUAAAGCAGGGGUGUACAAUGAGAAAGUGGUAAUUAAGAAAAACAUGGAAAAUUUGAUGUUUGUGGGCGAUGGCAUUGAUAGAACCAUUGUCACAGGCAACAGAAAUGCUAAACGCGAUGGACAUGCCACGCACGAGACAGCUACAUUCGGUGUACAUGCAGAUGGGUUUUGGGCUAGAGACAUGACAUUUGAAAACACAGCAGGCCCCGACGGAAGCCAAGCAGUGGCACUAAUGGUGAGUUCAGAGCACUCGGUUGUUUAUCGUUGUAGCUUCAAGGGUUACCAAAACACACUCUAUGUACGAUCCAAAAGGCAAUUUUAUCGCGACUGCCAUAUAUACGGCACUAUCGAUUUCAUAUUUGGCAAUGCUGCGGUGGUUUUGCAAAAUUGCGACAUCUUCGUGAGAAAACCAAAUGACAACCAAAAGAACGUGAUAGUUGCACAGGGAAGAAAAAGCCCUGAUGAAAACACAGGGAUUUCUAUUCAAGGAUCGCGAAUUAGGCCGGCCCCGGAUUUCAUCGGCGUCAAAAACAUCCCUACUUUCCUAGGCAGGCCAUGGAGAAAGUAUUCCAGGACAGUGAUUUUUGAGACGGACAUUGAUGGCUUUAUUGAUCCAGCAGGGUGGUUACCAUGGGACGGCAGUGUUCAUCUUAAUACAUUGUUUUAUGCAGAGUAUAACAACAUAGGCUGUGGUGCAUCUACAGAACACAGGGCAAAAUGGCCUGGCUUUCACGUCUUUAAAAGUUGGAAGGAGGCUAGCCCUUUUACCGUGAAUAAGUUCAUAAAGGGAAGCUCAUGGAUUUCUCAGACGGGCGUGUCCUAUAAGUUGGGAGUCUAAAGGCCUCUCUUUUCGUCCUAGUAAUGUGGUGUUUACCAUAAUAGUGGUUUCAAUUAGAGCA